AGGGAGGGCCCUCCAUUGGCAGUCACGGUGGGCCGGGCCGGGCCGGAACUGUUGUGCUGGGCGGUUGGGGCGAGCGGACCGUGUAGAGUGUGACAGCGGAGGCGGGCGAGGAAACUUCUGGAAGAGACUCUUACAGAAAGUAGAAAAUGACCCGUUGGGCUCGCGCUAAUAACAUCCAUAAAAAUAAACUCUCAGAAGCAACACCAUGGAGUCAGAUGAAACAGAAUGGUAGCUCAAGUAGAGCAAUACCAAGUUACAAACGGGUUAAAAAUCCACUACCCAUGCAUGGAAACAGACCACAGCCGCCUAAACGUAAGGAAAGUGAAUGGUACCACAUUAAAAAAGAGUACCUGAGCGAAGAUGUUAAUGGGUUCGUGGACUACCUAAAACAAAAUGGUCAAGUUCUCCGCAAAGGACUAUUGGUGUCAGUGGAAAGCGAAGAGCUAAGUGGUGAGCUAGCCCUGAAGAAGGACCAGAGAAGGGAAGUCAGAAGAUUGAAGAGGCAAGCACAGAAAAAAUCUGGCAUGAUAUGUUUCCACUGCAGAAAAGCAGGACAUGGAAUGGACGAAUGCCCAGAAAUGGACAAAGAUGAACAAGAGAUGGGAAGUGGUAUCUGUUACCGCUGUGGUUCCACAGAACAUGAGCUCCAGAAAUGCAGAGCAAAGAUUGACCCUGCACUAGGAGAAUUUCCAUUUGCUAAAUGUUUUAUUUGUGGUGAAACUGGACAUCUUUCAAGAUCCUGUCCAGACAACCCAAAAGGACUAUAUGCCAAUGGACGUUGUUGCAAGCUGUGUGGCUCAGUGGAGCACUUUCAGAAGGAUUGCCCAGACCAUCAGAACAUGAGUAAUUUUGGUUUAACUGUCGGCCGAUGGAAAAAAGGAAUGAGUGCUGAUUACGAAGAAGUCCUAGUCACAUCAAAUAUACAUAAAACUAAACAUAAAGCUCCAAAGAUUGUCAAUUUUUAACCCCUACCUAGAAAAUUAGAAUUUAAAUUAUUCCCCCUGCAAAUAUCAAAGAAAAUAUAUCAGAACAUUAUUUUACGAUUGGAAGAAAUACUCUAAAAUCCAUUAAUACCAGCAGAUGGAGCCAUUGUAUGUCAAAUCCACUAUUAUUACUGCUAAAACUCUUCUUUGUACCCAACUUGAAUAAAUAGUUGUAUAAGGUUUCCAUGAGUUAAAGUUUCAAACAGAAAUGAAGUGACGUUUUAUAGAAUCAGUUGGCUGUUUAUAAAAUGUCUUUAAUGUCAGGAGAAAACCCAGUCGACGACAACACGAGCGGGAGUAAGCCACAUUGUAGAAAUAAUGAACGACAGAUGCUGGUUUAUACCAAAGAUAGACACAAAGUGCUGGAGUAACUCAGUGGAUCAGGCAGCAUCUCUGGAGAAAAAAAGACAGCUGACGUUCCGACCCAAAACACCAUCUGUCCUUUUUCUCCAAAGAUGCUGCCUGACCCGCUGAAUUUACUGCCGCACUUUGUGUCUAUCUUAUUGGCCCCAAAAAAAUGUUUUAAGAAGGGUAACUAAAAUCUUGAUAAUUGAGGGAGGCUUGUAUGGAUCUUAAAAGAGAUCUUUCUAGUGGUGCCAAUAAUAGGGGAGAGGAAAUGGAGGAUGCAUUAGAGAAACCUGUAAGAGUUCUCUGAUUGGAGGUUGCAUUCUAUUUCUGGUUUGGGGAGAAGAAAGUUCAGUAAUGAAAUUUCUCUACACAUUCCUUUAUGAUAGAUGUGUCUUUCAGCAUUAUCUAGUGCCCUCCAUACAUAUACACACACAUAGUCCCCCAUUUCAGGGCACCAUAUUGUUUGGGACACAGUAAUGAAAGUAGUCAUGUUUAAUAUUUUGUUGCAUAUCCCUUGCAUGCAAUGACUGCUUGAAGUCUGCGAUUCAUGGACAUCACCAGUUGCUGGGUGACUUUGGUGAUGCUCUGCCAGGCCUGUAUUGCAGCCAUCUUUAGCUUAUACUCUGUAUUUCUGUUCAUGAAGUGUUCUGCAGACAGUGGUCAUUGACAAUCCACACCUUAACCUGAAGAGUGCUUCUACUUUGUCGGACUGAUGUUUGGGGAUUUUUCUUUGUUAUAGAGAUUAUUCUUCUGUCAUCAGCUGUGGAGGUCUUCCUUGGCCUGCCAGUCCCUUUGUGAUUAAUAAGCUCACCAGUGCUCUCUUUCUUCUUAAUGAUGUCCCAAACAGUUGAAUUUAGUAAGCCCAAGAUUUGUCUAUAACAGUUUUAUUCUUGUUUCUCAGUCUCAUAAUAGCAUCUUUGACUUUCAUUGGCACAACUUUGAUCCUCAUGUUGAUAAACUGCAAUAAAAGUUUCCACAGGUGAUGGAAAGAUUGGAGGAAAGACUGGGUGCUGAGAGCUCUCUAAUACCUGCAUAAGGAGGCAAUUAAACACACCUGAGCAAUUACAAACGACUGUGAAGCCAUGUGUCCCAAACAUUAUGGUGCCCUGAAAUGAGGGAAGUGUGUAUAAACACAGUUGUAAUUUCUACAUGGUGAAACCAAAAUGUAUAAAAAUGGCCUUUAAUUAAAAUCUGACAAUGUGAUUUAAUCAUCAUUUAUUUAUUUGAAAUCACAUGUGAUUUUUUUCUAUUACAAAUCUCAAAUUGUGGAGUACAGAGGCAAGU